CUGUGUUGUGUAAACGAGCUGAUGGAUGAAGAUGAGAAGGACAGGGCAAAGAGGGCAUCACGCAACAAAUCUGAAAAGAAAAGGCGAGAUCAGUUCAAUGUCCUCAUCAAAGAGCUCUGCACGAUGCUGCAGGGUCAUGGCCACCCUCUCAAGAUGGACAAGUCCACAAUAUUGCAGAGGACCAUUGACUUCUUACAGAAACAGAAAGAAAUCACAGCACAGACCGAGGCCGGUGAGAUUAGACAAGACUGGAAGCCUUCGUUUCUUAGCAAUGAGGAGUUCACCCAGUUGAUGUUAGAGGCAUUAGACGGAUUUCUCAUUGCACUUACCACUGACGGGAUUAUUAUUUAUGUAUCUGAUAGUGUCUCCUCUCUUCUUGGACAUUUACCGUCAGAUUUGGUGGACCAAAAUAUAUUAAACUUUCUGCCUGAGCGGGAACAGAGUGACGUAUACAAGCUCCUUUCUCCACAUGUGCUCAUGACAGAUCCUGUUGCAGCUGAUUUUCUAAACACUGAAAAGCAAAUAGAGUUUUGCUGCCAUUUAGCAAGAGGAAGCUUAGAUCCAAAUGAGCCCCUAACAUAUGAAUAUGUGAAAUUUGUAGUGGAUUUUAAAUAUUUUACUCAUGUGCCUACACCCUCCUGCAAUGGCUUUGAAUCCGCUAUUGCAAGAGCAUUCAGGUCAGCCACAGAAGAGCAGAUUUGCCUUGUCGCAACUGUUCGUCUUGUUACGCCGCAGUUUUUAAAGGAGCUGUGCAACAUUGAAGAGCCAUGUGAAGAAUUCACAUCGAGACACAGUUUGGAGUGGAAGUUUUUAUUCUUGGACCACAGGGCCCCACCUAUUAUAGGUUAUUUACCCUUUGAGGUUCUGGGAACGUCAGGUUAUGAUUAUUACCACGCUGAUGACCUGGAGCUUCUCGCUAGGUGCCAUGAACACUUGAUGCAAUUUGGAAAAGGAAAGUCGUGUUACUACAGAUUCUUGACCAAAGGCCAGCAAUGGAUAUGGUUGCAAACGCACUAUUACAUCACGUACCAUCAGUGGAACUCCAAACCUGAGUUCAUUGUUUGUACACACCUUGUAGUUAGUUAUGCAGAGGUUCGAGCUGAAAGAAGGAGAGAUCUUGGCCUUGAGGAGUCAUCAAUCGAACUGGCCUCUUCUUCUUUGAAGAGUCACAAUAGUUACCUAGACAUCAGGCAAUGUGGAAACAACCAAGAAACCAGCAGGGACAGAGUGUCUGUAUCCUCGCCUAGCUCCCGGCGAUCUUCACACACCGCACUCUCCGACUCAGCAUCCACAUCAUCCAUGCGGCACACAGAGGCCAGCACUCCCACCAGGCAAUCAGUGCCGAUGGGUCAGCAGGAGAAGGCGUCUCUGAGGCUGGCCUCGAGCGGGAGCGCACAGGCAAUAGUAACUCCUCAGGCAUCCGCUGAACAUCUCACUCAGCACCAUGUGGCCCAGCCAACAAUCCCCUCGCAGCAAGCUGUGAUGCCAGUGUACCACUUCCCAGCCCAGUUAGGGAUGAUGCAUCAACUAAAAGAACAGCUGGAGGAGAGGACGCGCAUACUGCAAGCUGACAUCAAGACACAGCAAGAAGAGCUCCAUGUUAUCAAAGAGCAGCUCCAACUAGUGCAAGAUUCCAAUCUGCAGAUGCUGAUGCAACAACCUAUGCCCUUAGUCUUUAACAACGUACAACAACAGAGCCCAAGAAGGCCAUCCCAACCACAGCAGCCUGGGGCAACCAGGCAGACCACAGCCAAGAAGUCUCAGCAGCAAGGCCUUAUGGGAUCCAAACACUAUAGUGCCCCACACUUACCGUCACCACAUCAAUUCCUCAGGGAACCUUGUGUCACUUCCUCACAGGUACAGCAGCAGCAGCAGCACUUAAUGAGAGGCAGCCAGGCCCAGCAAACAUGUCUGCCAGCGCAGACAAGCAUUUCGAUGCCCCUCUACAACAGCCCCAUGGUGUUUUCCCAAACUCAGCCCAUCACUGUCUCUGCUCAGCUGCCGACGGAAAUGAGCGAAAGGCAACAACCGUCUGACUACAGCCAAGAUAGGAGUCUAAGAAUGUUGUUAGAUCAGCCGGUCCAAGCCUUGAUGCCCAGUGCUAAUGGCAGUAACCAGUCAUCACAAAACAGUGCUGGCAGACAGCAAGCAAAAUUUGUUCCAGAACAGCAGAUGCUGCCUCCCCCAUUACAGAUGCAGCCAAUUACAUGUAGCACAGUCAGGGCUCCUGCCCCUUCUCCUGUAUUUACCCCUUCAGUCAUGAUUCCACAGGCCAACUUCACCUCCCACCAGACGCAACCUCCAGUUCAUCUCCACCAAUGGCCAUCCCAACAACAGGUUCAGCAGCAACAUCUCUACCUUCAGAUGCAAGCCCCAGAGUCGGUCCAGGGGAGUCAAAAUCAGCGUAUUUUCCAGCCAUCUCAUAUACCGCAGCAGAAUACCAUGGGCUACUUCCUCCAGCCACAGCAACAAAGCCACCAUCCGCAGGGUCAGUCCUGCAACUUACAGGACUUGCCUGAAAUGCAGCUGCCCUGAAAGCCAGGGCAUGAGGAGAAGGUGACGAGUCGCAGCUGCUGUGUUGAGCAGCAGUCAGGGGAAGGACGGCGAAAUUCGAGGCGAGAAGGCCCUCCUCAUAUGCCAGAGGGGUGAGGGUUAGCCCAGAGGGAAACAUGGCAGCGUGGAGGAAGGUCCCAGCAGAAGAGCAGGAUCGCCAAAUGGGUACCUUGUCGAUUACCAUUUUUAUGUAUUCAGUCCUUGAUGCGGCCCAGCGACAGGAUCAAUGCAAAGUCUGGAUUCAUUAAGCACCAGGACCGUUCGACUAAACACAGUUUAAUUGUGACCAGCUAGAACUCCCGUUCACGUACAUCCUGUUAACAUGGGCUAUUAAGUGCUAAAAGUAUUUGGAAGCUAAAAUCAGGAUAGUAGGAACUGGUUGUGGUGCUCUUGCCUGCCAAAGCUAAUCUGCAAAGGCGGUUAGAGACUUGUUGAUCAAAAAUGGUUGACUUAGGUAGGAAAAUGAGCUCUGAAGUCAUAUGUGGCUGUUAUUGGUCACUAAGCCAGACACAGCACAGCAGGACCAUUCCUUUGGACUGCAAUAAGGAUUUCUAGCUGCAGGCACGUUAUUAAUCAGGUCAGUUCAAAGAUCACUUUGCAACUGAGAAAAUAUGUUCAAUUCAGGACACGGACGCUCCUUUUAAAUGUUGCUGAAAUUCACUGUGAAUUUAAGACCAGUGUUUGGAACACAGAAAACUGUCAGAAUCAGCAGGCUCCCAAUUAAUUAUCGUGUACAUAAUUCGCUUUGUUGUAGUAGGUUCAUUGUGGAUUUUGUUUUCCUUUUUUCCUAUACCUCAAUCCCAGAAUUAGUUUUUUUCAGAUGAUUGGAUAAUGCUGCUAAUUUCUGUACCACCACUCUUGCCUAAAUUUCGUACUGUUGUUAUACCAACUCACGUCACCAUUAAUAAGAUACGUGUGCAGAUAAAUUUAUAUGUUUUUA